UUCUCCUCUUCCUCCUCCUUGCACCUUCCCCCACACACAACUCGCGCCAACAAUGGUCUCCACCUCCACCUCCUCCCCCUCCCCUCCUACCCAAUGUCUCCACCUCCACCUCCCCACCGCCUCCUCCUAGCCCUCCUCGCCGUCCUCCUCCUCCUCUCCCCGCCUCUCCUCCUCGCCUCCUCAUCCUUCCCCCUCCCCACCAUCGCCAUCGCCGCCACCACCAACUCAUCGUCGCCGACGACGCAGAAGCACCUCCUCGCCUGCGCCCUCGUGGCAUCCGGGGCGGCGUACAGGGUCUCCUGCGCGAGCGUCUCGAACAGGUCGGCGGCGCCGCACGUGUACUCGUAUGGAUCGGGUGACGGGACGAGCUCGCCGUUCUCGGCGGUGGUCGCCGGGGACGGGUACCUGUGCUCGGCUGGGCCCACGUCGUCGCCGCCGAUGUCCAUGCGCUGGUGGGAUCUGAACGAGGGGCAUGAUGAGUCGAAGCGGGUGUAUCGGGGGGAGGUUCUGUCGGCGGUGUCCGGCGGCGGGGAGUCCGUGUGCGGGCUCGUCGGGGAGACGAUGCAGUGCUGGAGGUGCCCGUGGGGGCAGGUGCCGGAUCGCCGGGUGGGGUUCUCGGCGGUGGCGGUGGGGGGCGGGUUCGUGUGCGGGCUGGUGGUGCGGAGUGGGGAGGUGAGGUGUUAUGGUGGUGGGGAGGCUGUGGGGCGGGUGCCGAUGGGGAGGUACAUGCUGCUGGCCGCCGGCGAGAGGCACGCGUGCGCGGUGGAUUACGGAGGGGUGGUGGGGUGCUGGGGGGAUGCGGCGGCGGUGGCGGCCGCGGCGCCGGUGAGGAUGAGCCGCGCGGUGUCGACGGUGGCGGUGGGCGACGCGAUCACGUGCGUUCUGUGGGGGAACUGGACGGUCUCGUGCUGGCCCGAGGGGGAAGCCUCGCCGCCGCCGGCGCUGGCGCAGAAGCAGUUCGUCGCUCUGGAGGCGAAGGGGAAGGUGGUGUGCGGGGUGCUCAUGUCCGACUACUCGCUGCAGUGCUGGGGCGGAGGCGUCGCCGGCGGGGCGAGGAAGGUGUUCGACAGGGUUCUUCCGGGGCCGUGCGCGCCGUCGAAGUCGUGCUCGUGCGGCGUCUGGUCGGGCUCCGCGGAGCUCUGCGGCGGCGGCAGCGACGUCUCCGUUUGCUACCCCUGCGGCUACACCCCUCCGCAGAUGGCGCUGGCCCCGGCGUCCAACUCGUCGUCGACCUCUCAAUCGAAGGGGAAGCAUCGUCCGAGCAAUCUGGUGAUCGCGCUGAUCAGCGCCGGAGCUGGAUCGGGGCUCGUGGCUCUCCUCGCCGCGGUCGUGGUGGUUUACUACCUGCGCCGGCACCGGGGCAGCAGCUCCCCGGUCUCAGGCCGCAUUCACGCCGAGCCGACGGGCCCGGCGGUGCCGCGCGUGGAAAGGCGGCUCAGCGCGCUGCUCUCCAAGGGCCCGAACACGACGGUGGAGCAGUUCCCACUGGCGGCGCUCCGCGCCGCGACCGAGUUCUUCUCGCCGGCCCAGCGCAUCGGCUCCGGCAGCUUCGGUGCGGUGUACCGCGCGUCCCUCCCCGACGGCCGGGAGGUCGCGAUCAAGCGCGCAGAGCGCCGCGACACUGGCGGCCCUUCCUCCUCGUCCGCCGCCGCGGCACGGCGCAUAGACCACGAGGCGGCAUUCGUCUCCGAGCUCGCGCUCCUGUCGCGCGUCAACCACAAGAACCUGGUCCGCCUCCUCGGCUUCUGCGCCGACGGCGGCGAGCGCAUCCUCGUGUACGAGUUCAUGCCCAACGGCACCCUCCACGACCACCUCCACAAGCGAUCGACGCCGCUCUCCCCGCCGCUCGCCUCAUGGCCGGCCCGCCUCCGCCUCGCCCUCGGCGCCGCGCGCGGCAUCGAGUACAUGCACACCUACGCCGUGCCGCCCAUCAUCCACCGCGACAUCAAGUCCUCCAACAUCCUCCUCGACGCCUGCUGGACAGCCAAGGUCUCCGACUUCGGCCUAUCGCUGCUCAACAACCUGGACGACGCCGGCGGCGGCAAUGCCGGCGCCGGCGACGACGACCCGUGCGUGACGGCCGGGACGGUGGGGUACAUGGACCCGGAGUACUACCGGCUGCAGCACCUGACCGACAAGAGCGACGUGUACAGCUUCGGCGUCGUCCUGCUCGAGCUGCUGUCCGGGUGCAAAGCCAUCCAGAAAUACGACGGCAGCGGCUCGCCCAAGAACGUCGUCGACAUCGCCGUGCCGCACAUCGAGUGUGACCGGCUGCACCGGGUGCUCGACGCCCGCCUGCCGCUGCCGACGCCGUGGGAGAUGGAGGCGGUCGCCUACGUCGGCUACCUGGCGGCGGACUGCGUCAGGCUGGCCGGCCGCGACCGGCCCACCAUGAGCGAGGUGGUGGGCGUGCUCGAGCGGGCCGUGGCGGCGUGCGACGAGUACGAGGACGGCGGCGGCGGCGGCGGCGGCGAGCCCGCGCUGUCGCGGUCGUGCACCGAUGGGUCGACGGCGACGUGACGUGGCAUGUGGUGCAACGCCAAUUGCAUUGUUGGCCUCCCUUGUGCAACAACAAUGGGGGGAAUUUUCUUGAGGUUUUUUUUUUCAGUUUUUGUUUGUUAUUGUUAUUGCUAGCAUUAGUCACAUAGCAUUCAUUAGUAUUUUAUAGAAUCAAAAUUUUAGUGUAAAAAUGGGUUAUCUACAUUGUUCUCAAUCUUUUGAUCUGAAA